GGGUCAGAGGUCGAGGAAGAAUUGAAGAGUCUCUUUCACGAUGCUGAUCAAAGUGAAGACGCUAACUGGAAAAGAGAUUGAGAUCGACAUAGAACCCACAGACAAGGUGGAAAGAAUAAAGGAAAGAGUGGAAGAAAAAGAAGGCAUCCCACCUCAACAACAGCGGCUUAUUUACAGCGGCAAGCAAAUGAAUGAUGAAAAAACUGCGGCUGACUACAAGAUCCAGGGUGGAUCGGUCCUUCAUUUGGUCUUGGCACUACGAGGGGGAGGCCUGCGAUGAUGGAGCAUCAGUACCUGUCUUCUCCCCUGAUGUGCCCCUUUCCCCUCCCCACAAAGGACAGAUUGAGAUGUGGGAAGCCAUUAAGUCAUACUUACCUGCACUCCUACUGUCCUUCCUCCCCCUUCCAGGAAGAAUGGCCGCUGCCUCCUGGGAUCUCUCACAAGCUGUUGUUUAAGGGAGGCGACACUUAUGGGGGGAGAGCAUCCCCGGAUAUCGUAAUGGAGAUUGGCUGUCCCACUGGGCCCAAUUCUCCAACUGCAUUUCCUCCCUAGCAGCUUCUUAAAUGCUGCUAACUUCUUGGUAGUUUAGGGUUUUCUUCUCCUCCGCACCCUUGUUCAAGUGUCUCCUCCCCUCUGUUGGAAUGGCUGAAUGUUUAAUAAAAAUGUUACACGAC